AUGGUCGUAAGCUCUGCAAAGGCAUGGAUAGAACAAAAAAGCCAUAUAAUCGGGUCAUCUCGGCUUCUUUGCCCUUCGAUCCAGACUGCCGUCUGCACCACAGAGCGACGGAGAGACGAGCAACGAGAAACUGCCUACAGACGUGCACAAGUGUGUCAAUGGGUAUGCAGAGAUGUGAUUGUGUACAGUCUCUCCGGCGCUUGCAGUACUACUUUCAAGGAAGUUAUGCUGCCACGUCUGCCUGUAGCAGACGUAGAGAACGCGGCGCAGCCUAGCAACACUUGCUCACUUGCUCACUUGCCUAAUUUCAUUUCUGUUCUCCCGCCUUCUCCACUCUCCUCGCGCACUCCUCCACUCUCGCUUCUGUACCCUCCUUCUGGCAACUCGCCUACUGCCCCACUAUCAUCUCCAACGGCGACUGUAUGA